UUGGUACAAUUCUGUUGUAUGUCCGUCUGUUCGAACGUGCUGCACGAUGGGGAAGGGUUUCGACUAUGUCAAAGAUUUGGUGGUGAACUUUAAGCUGGAUUGGUGUUGCUGGGUCAUUCCCGUCAGGAUAGGACUGUUCAUUACUGGAUACUUUAAUAUUAUUUUAGCGGUAAUAUCUCUAGUGGGCAUAGCGGACGACAGUUUCGUGCCGAUCCUGGUACAAGUGCAGGCUACAAUACUCGACGACAAUGCCACCAAACCAGCCCCCAUGAUAGCCUACUCCGUGGAGUUCGCGUUCAAUGUUAUUCUACUAUGUGCUUUGUAUCGGAAAGACAUGUCGUUGAUGCGCGUGUACAUGAAGUACUGCAUCGCCGCCAUCAUCACCUCCAUCAUGUUCUACUCCAUGGUGGUGGCCGCCAUCGGCGUCGUCGUCACCAUCGCUAUGGUGCUCAGCAUAUUGUUCCAGAUAUACGUCCUAGUACUGGUAAGGAGUAUCCUGGUGGAAAUGAGGCUUGAGUUGAAGGCUGCAGCAGAACCGACGCUGGUGAUGAGCACGCUACUCCAAGAGGAACAAGAGAGGGCGGAGAAGGACAAGGUAGAAGGCGACGUGGAAGCACCACCACCGACGGAAACCGAAGCUGAAGUGGAAAGGAGACCAGAUACCGCACUCGAAACCGUUGACGAACACCCCAGGGAAGGGACGACUCACCAAAGAGAAUAAAUUAUAUUAUUCUUUAUUUAUUUAAUAAAUUAUUGGUUUUUGUAG